AGUCGGCCUAGACGCCUGCAAUAGGCCGGGGUUGACAAGUCCCAAGUGAUGAGACUUCAUCAAGUGCUCACAGGAGCUGCAAAUGUCUUUGAAAACAACGUUGCUGUCGCCACAGGAACCGUUGAAGGAAGGCCUUUUACGGCCUAUGGCUCUGGCUAUGAUGUUGCUGUACUUGAUGGGGAUUUCCAAAGAGUCCAGGUUUUGUCUGACUAUACACAGAGCAGUGAUUGCAUUGUCAGAUGUGUGACAUGCAGUGAUGGCAAUGGAAAGAUUGCUGCAUCGUUUGGAAGCAAAGUCAUCAUUUUUGAGCCAGAAGCCCUCAGCAACAAAGGAAAUGACCUCAGUAAACGGCUCCCCUACCAUUGGACCAAAGUUCACACCAUUUCAGCAACAAGCGAAGUUUAUACGAUUUGUCUUGACAAAGAUGGGAAACGCCUUCUCGUUGGUAGCAGUCAUAUCAGCAUGUGGCGAUGUUUCUCUGUCUUGUUUGAUGAUGGCAAUGGCAGCAUGUGGGAAAAUGUUUGGAACAGAAGGAUGGCAACACCAGUCCGACAUCUAGAAUUCUCACCUGAUGGCCAUUAUUUUGCUUCUGCCGGAAUAGGUGAUCGAAUGGUCAAAAUUUGGUUCCAAGCCUCCAAAGUCAGCCAUCAUCAUAGAGAUGGAAAGAAGAGUGGCAAGCAGGUUGAUAAACAGAAGCAGCAACAACAACAAAAGCGUGCUCAUAGUCACAGUGAAACAUAUAACUUUAUCUACAUACUGCACCCAAAGGCCGUCACUGGAUUCUCAUGGAGGCAGAAGAGCAAGCGAAUGCCACUAACCUGUGUUUUGAAUGUUCUCUUGACGUCAUGUGCUGACAACGUAUGUCGGAUCUGGGCAGAGACGGUCAAACAACGACCAACUCACGCCAUCACAGCGACAUCAACAACAGACCAAAACAAGCCACGUUCCCAGCCGGACUUGGUCGGGGAUUUAGAACCGCCAAAAGAAUUAUCGCCACGCGAUAGCUCGGCGUCUUUGGCGGACAUGGUCGAUAGCAGUGGCGAUGCGAAAUUGAGCGCCACUGUCUUUAGACAUCACAUCAUCUCAAUGUACCAUUUUCAUUUGGCCUCGGUUAUAAACCCAACUGCUGACAUCGCGUUGUUGUCAACGAUCCCUACUGGUUCUGUAUUCGGCAAAAGCUUCCAGCUCCAGUGGCUGAACAACAAAGAGAUACAAUUCACGACAUCGUAUGAAUUACUGACGAAUGGAUACUUGACUGAUAAGCAAAAUGAAGACGAAGACUCGCUAAAUGAUGAAGAUUACGCUGUGUUAAAUGACAUGGAGUACGAUGGAGAAAUGGAGGCGAACGAAGACACGAUCAUUGAGGAUAAGGACGACAUGACUAGAUCGGAUGAAGAUGAUAACGAUAGUGGAUUUGAGACGACGCCCCGAAUGAACCAAGAUUCCAGGUCUCCCUCAACAGCUUCCACAAUCUCGUACAGUCAGUCUACAAGCUCCAUAUCCAAUUCAUCAAACGAGAAAUCCCUUGAAGAUCAGAAUCAAACAAAGAAGAAAGGCAUACCAAUUACCAUUGGCGCACAGGUGAACCAGUUACUCCGUGAAUGGUGCACCACUGGCGAUACCCUGUUCUGCAUUCACCCUGUCGAUGGCUCAUUGCUCAUCUGGUUAAUUGACUACCUCGACGACUUUACGAGCGCCUUUUAUCGACAACCGCAAGUUAGUUUCGCCAGCCGAAUCCCUGCCGCAUUUACUGAAGCUGAUGCCAGCAGUCUUAACUGGACCGGCACAUUUUACAACAAAAAUUUAUCGAAACUUAUCAGUUCAGGUGCAAAAAUCAACCAAAGUUUGCAGCUCGGGAAGAUUCCUACAUCUGGGACAGGCUCUCAGAAAACUCUAGCGGCUGAUCUUGCUUUAACUCACAUGUUUAGCUUUUUGGUUUCUGCACAUUCUGAUGGAACACUUAAUCUUUGGCAGCUAACGUUUUCAGACGUAACGAACUUUAUUGGUAUCGCCAGCGUAACGCAUUUGCGUCGUAAUUGCGGCCCACGUUUCGUAACUUCCUUGCUUGCUACACAUCCAAUAUUGCCACUAGUUAUUAGUACAUCGCAGGAUCGUGGAAAUAGGGAUAAACAUCAAAGAUCAACGAAGAGUUGUGCUGAGGAAUGCGCCAGCGAGCUGAUGCUCUGGAGGUCUGAUUUAGUUGGGCCGCUGUCGCAACUUGGAGGCGUCACCGAAACGGCCAGGAUCUCAUCAAAUGACAUGUCAAACUUCAAGCACGUGGCUUGGUUUCCGCAUUUGUUUGAGCAUUCCCUUGUUUGUUUACCAGGCCCCGACGGAACCGACUUUUUACCCUGCACGCCAUGCGCGUGUUUUGUGACGUCAUCAGACCAAGGACUUCACCUGCAUCAGGUUGUUCUUGAUUCGAAAGCUCUUCUCACGGCAUUGACAUCGAAAAAGGCAACAGCAAACAACCUUAAUCGUGAGAAGCUGUCAGGACUGAUUGAAAGCGAGCAAAGCGGAUCGAAAUCCACGUGUGUCAUGCCGAUUGGUAAUGUAGCAGACUCAGAGGGUAUUUCAAAUGUAAAGUUUCUCCAUGUUUUCGCAGACAAAACCAGGCCUAAAAAUGCAAAGGAUGUUUCAAAUGAGGAAACAGUCCACGAGAAUGCGGAUUUCAAAGAAAAGCGACUGCAUCAAUCAAAAUGGGGACCGUUCUAUAUAGUGGCUGUUACUGUCGAUUCCCAAGGGUAUCACGUGAUACGAGCAUGGGCGGUUACCCCCGUGACAGAAGGUAACUUCUCCCCUGUCACUCCAUUAUCACCUGAAAGCAACUCGUCCCAGUUCUCCCUUAGUCCUUUGUUGACCUCGAAACAUCAGCAUGGUAUUUUUACUACAAAAUGCCUGGAAACGAAGCAGAUUUGUGUGCAGAAAUUGCCACUGCCUGAAGAUGUUAAACCAUUGAUAUUUUCGGCAGCUACUGAUAUUCCAAGCUCGUCAUGCCAGAAUUCAACAUGCCCGUCCGCAUUUUGGAUCAGCGUAACAACAUCAGACUGUUUCUUGAGAUUUUAUGCGAUGAAAAAACAUGAUGAUUAUGAUGAUUCCACCCUGAAGCACACGUUCGAGUUUGUUUCUAGCGAGUACAAUCUCGGCUCGUUGAGCGAGAAAAAAUUCAAGGUGCUUGCAACAGCCCACGCCCAUUCACUAAGGUUGGCUUGGUUGUCAGUCAGCCUGGAUACCAAGGAGCCAAAAGUAUCUGUGUCCAUACUGGAAAGUGAAAGUACGGGCGGCGAUUCAUGGAAAAUCGAAGAUACAGUUGAGCUUCCUUAUAAGCUGCCCGCUAACGUCUCAAGUGAUUCGGCGUACCUUGAUACUCUCCCAAUUGGUUUGACGUGGAUGUCCCUAGAGAACGGUGCAUUCAUACUCAGCGCUGCAUUAGGGAAUUCUAUCUACAUUCUACGUCAAUUGAGAACUUCAAUACAUCCACAGAUUGUCUCUUCAACGUCAUCAUCGGUAUCUGUCGUUAGAUGGAGCCUUCUCAAUGUUAUUGACCUUAACGACAAGGUCAUCAACACUAUCACGUGGACGCGCGAAGGGAUGCUAUUGGUUGGAGUGAAGAAUGAGCUUAGGGUGUAUUCGCAGUGGGAAGCUGUCAAUUUGGAAAAAGACACAAAAGCAGACAGGGUCGAAGAGAUGGAUGAGGGCGAGAGAAACAUGCUGUUCAGUGACAAUAUUUUGUACAGAGCUGCUAGCGCAACCGCCGUUCUGCCGCAGUACCACCCAAAAAACCUCAUCGCUCUGAUGAACAUGGGUAAAAUGCGAAGAGUUCGUGCCAUUCUUUCCCAUUUGGUCAGAUGCGUUGCGGGGCGUGAGGCAGCCGAUGAAGCUGCGGAGGCGGGUGAUAUGAUCAGAACGAGGUCGAGAACGUUAUCGAGGACUCAAAGUUGUCUCUCUUCAAGUCCAAUGGAUUCUAACACAGAUAUUGCUGAGACAAUUGAAGACACACCAGAGAUGAAUGUUAUCCCACCGCUACCACUUCAGGCGUUGAUUGCAGCAGAUAAAGACGAAAGUGGAGCUUUGCAGCAGAAUGAAGAAGGUACAUUGUCAGAUGAACCAGCAGCCCCAGUGGAAACGGACUACAGCUCUCUAUUCGAUGCGAAGCCAACCUCUUUCGGAGGCUUGCAAAUGGACGCAAAUAUGGCAAGCCAUUCUAAGGGAACGGGCAUGUCUAAAAGCGCUGUUUAUUUUGGCCUAGCCCAAGCCCAGCUUUUGGCACAUGUGUUGACACGAAGGCAACUCCCUGGACUGAAUAGCAUCAAUCAGCUGUACCUGCUUGCUUUGGCUGACACAGUUGCAACAACAAACAUGGAUUUAGAGAGUGGGGAUCUGCAGGAGAGAGGACUCAAUUUUGCCAAAAGGGAAACACGUACAGAUGAAAAGUUGUCGCAUUGGGUUGGCGGAGGAGGCUACGCAACGACAGGAGCGAUCGGUGCAACUGCGGGCAGCGGAGGAGAUGUUGUUGACGACUGUGGAUUAAAGUUUUUACUAGCCAUGCGACAGCACACGACUUUGCUUAGAUCGUUACCCCUUGGUCACAGGGCCAGUCUUGAAGGCAAGGGAUUGCCAUCUGCGAAGAUUGCCUGGGCAUUUCACUCUGACUGCCAGGAGGAGCUUCUCGCAAUGGUUCCUGGGAUGUUGCGUGGUGAGCCCAGCUGGAAGGAGCUGAAGGCGCACGGCGUUGGCUGGUGGGUGAAGAGCAGUGAUACUCUGAAACGGCUCACUGAAAAGCUUGCAAAGGCGCACUUUCAGAUAAACCAAGACCCCCUGGAUUGUGCAGUUUUCUAUCUAGCAUCAAAGAAGAAGACGUUGCUCUGUGCAUUAUACAGAUCUUUACGAGAUACGAAAAUGUCGACGUUUUUCGGCCACGAUUUCAAAGAAGAUCGGUGGAGGAAAGCUGCCUUGAAGAAUGCCUAUGCAUUGCUAGGCAUGCAGCGAUUCGAGCAUGCCGUUGCUUUUUUUCUGCUUGCAGAGGCGCUCUGGGAUGCCGUGCAGGUCUGCAUCGCAAAAUUAAAAGAUUUACAGUUGGCACUCGUAAUUACUCGUUUGUACGAAGGAAAUAUGGAACAAGGAUCGACCUUUUACAGGAUUUUAUCAGAGUACGUUCUUGGAGAGGGCACAGAAGGACCAGACCCAGAUCCCUUUCUUCGAAGCAUGACGUAUUGGUUACGGCGGGAUUACAACAAGUCUCUAGAGACUUUGCUACUCGAUCCGACAGCGCCGCACACUGAUGACACAGAGAUAAAAUACAAUGAGAUGGCUUCAAUGGGACAUCCGGAUAUAUUCAAUUUCUAUUUCUUCUUACGGUCACACCCGUAUGUGCGUAGAUGUCAUCUUUCUCAGCAUUCAACGCACACAGGGAGUCGUAGCGGUGAUAUACGAAAGCUUGACUACAGGAAGACAAUGAAGUCAGAAAAUACCGCGAGAGAUGCCUCAGUUUUUGCGCCGUUUGAAAGAGAACUUCUUUACCGCACUGCACAUACACAUUUGAACUCUGGAAUGCCAAGUGUUGCAUUAGAAGUUUUGAUGCUAUUACCAAAAACACUGAAGGUGGAAGAAAAAUUUGAAGAGGAAACUGGAGCCCUUGUAAACACGAAAGAAGACAAAGAGGUUUCUUUAACUGAAGGAAUGAUAGCGAGUGGGACAAUUUCAGACGGUCUUGGAUUUUCGGACACACUCCAAGCAACUGAAAGCGUAUCCUCUUCUAAAUCAGAAGAUUUUGAUUGGAGUAAGCCGGUUUCAAAUUCAAAGGUGGAAGAUUUUGGUUGGAGUAAACCGGUUUCAGCUUCAAAGGUGGAAGAUUUUGAUUGGAGUAAACCAGUUUCAAAUUCAAAAGUAGAAGAUUUUGAUUGGAGUAAACCGGUUUCAAACUCAAAAGCGGAAGAUUUCGAUUGGAGUAAACCGGUUUUAAACUCAAAAGCGGAAGAUUUCGAUUGGAGUAAACCGGUUUUAAACUCAAAAGCGGAAGAUUUCGAUUGGAGCAAGCCGGUUUCAACUAACAGGGAAACGAGUGAGUUGAACGGCCUGCUAUCGGAAACCAGCGAAUCCAGUCAAUUUCAGGACACGAAAAGCGAGAAAACACCAGAAGAUGAUGAGCCGCUGGAGCAAGAAGGGGAGGAAGAUAUAACGUCGUUUCAUUUGAAAUACAUAACAGUGUUUAAAUGUCUUAUCGAGGAACUGCGGAGCCUUCCAUCAACAUGUACUCUAGAUGGUGUCAAACUGAGACCUACGGUGGCGCAUUUGUUGGAGAGAGAACUUGAAGUGCUGCACCGGCUUUGUGACUAUAGAUACGAGUCUGAAGACGAGGCUAUAUCUGAUAAUGAGGCCCUGCAUGACCCGUUGCCGCGAAAAGACAGCGAUCUGAGUCAAUAUGCCGAGGAAACUGGUGUCGAGAAAAGGAGUUUGUCACAAAAAGCGGAACUUUUGACGCGGAAGAUUCGGUGGUUGCGGAAAAAUGGGAACAUCCUAACCACACUGUACAACUGUUGUGCCUUGCAGGGUGUUGGUGGUGAAAACCUGCCCGCUAUUUGCCUUGAGCUGCUGUUUCUCCUUCAUGAGCUGGAGCACUACCGGUCAUUAGCCGCCCCCCUUCGUGCUUUUUCAUCCGGCCAGACAGCACCCCCACUUCUACUCGCUACAAUGACGACCUUCUCGCUAUUCGCCAACCCAGUCACAUACCUGAGGAACAUGACACAUGACAUCUUAAGAAUGUUACUCCGCCUCCCUGAACUGCCAAGCAUGCAAAACCCAAUAAAUGCUGCCGCAGCACUAGAGAGUCUAUCGUUGUCAUUGUCCUCGUGUAUAUUCCACAGUCUUUGUGGUGGCCACGAGGAUCAGUUACUGGAGUCGAUCCGAAAGGGUGAAGUGAAAAUCAUUGGCAAAGAGAAUAAGGAAGGAAAAUUGGUGAGGCAGACAUCAAAAACUGGUCUCGAUGUCCCAGGCUCCCAUAGAAAAGAGCACGUGACACCCACGUCAUUUCCGUCAAACUGGCCGGGGGUUCAAAUGUUUUCUUCUAUACUCGCUGCCACAAACAAAGAGGGUGCGAAGAACCUUAAAAUCCUCCUCUGCGAAGCCGCUGUUGCUGUUUAUGUAGCCCUUCUUGUAACCUCGUCUUCACAAUUCUUGCCAAAUCAGAUGUACAGAAUUGUUAUGAACCAACUCAACUGUGACAUGUGGGGCAUGGUGUUUGGCGGUGGGACAAAGCUGGUUCUUCUAGAUGAAGAUGCAGCCACGGAACAAAGACCAGCGACUCCAGAAAUGUCUUCUACGAAGCCAGAGGAAGACAAGAAAAAAGUUGACGCUGCAAGGAUGAAGUGGAAUUACCGACUGCUUGGAAAAAAGGCAGCCUUGCCUACGACAUCGCCAUCAUCGGGGAAAUUUGUGCAGCAAGAGCUGUUCAUUCCACCCCAAAUGACCCUAUAUGACUUCUUCUUGAAAAAGCCUCUUCAAGACUUCGGGUCAUUUGAGUACAACUCGCAGGACUCAUUCGAGACUGAUGACUCCGAUAUGUACAGUGACGAAGAUGAAUCCGAGCUUGAAGAUGAAACUACUGAUAAGCAGAAGAGCGUUGAAGACCUUAGCCAGAUGUCAUACAGCUGGAGGUUAAUGACGAUGUGUGUCUUGAAAAUUGUUGUUAACGGAAUAAUGACUUUUUUAAAUGCUGCCGGGUUGGAAAUGUCAGAACUUCCUUCGCUUUCUCCUUUGCUGUACUCAAUCGUGAAGCUAGUCCUUAAAUGGCAAAUUCAAAUACGAAAUACAUUUGAGCCUGGAAAUCCGCCCGAGAAUUUUCUCCCUCUGUACGCCCCCCUUGACGACGGUUUCACAAGGGGAGGACCGACCUUGCAGAAAGUCAAGUUUCUCAUGGACCCAAACAAUACACCUUUUAAAUGCAGCAAGAAAGUUGCAGACCCAUCAAAACGGCUUUGGCACGCGCUGGUGCACCAAGAAUCCCUUAGAGAGACAUUUUUGGAAUUCGCUUUCCCCAAGGACAUUCUACUAGAUGAGAUAUCAGGCCAAGAGCCAAAUUCACGUGUACCCCAGGUCAUAUACAAAGAUGCUGAUCUUUUAAUGGGUUUCUGCUUCAACAACGCAAAUAAAAAUACCCUCGUGGUUGCUGCUGCGCAUGAAGUCGUCGAAUUAGAUGUUUCGAAUCUCACAGAGACGGAAAGCAACCCAGCCAAAGAGUUGAGUGACAGGUCACGCAAGACGACACCCGAGGAAGAUACCGCAAUUAAUGGCAAGGAUCGCGCCUGUUCAGUGAGUUUGAGAAGGCCUCUUCCUGGAGUUCGACGAAUGGAGUCGCAUCCAUCUCUUCCUUACUAUAUGGCUGGCGGCAAUGAUGGCAGUGUGCGAAUGUUCGAAUUCGGUCACCCUGAGCAAAUUUUGUCAUUCAGAGGUCCAAAUGUACAUGAGCGAGUCAAUCGAAUAAGAUUCAAUGCUCUUGGCAAUAAGUUUGGAGCCACAGAUGACAGCGGAUACCUUUGUCUGUGGACCUUGAACAGCACAGCAAAUCCAAAGCCAUAUGUCGCCAUCAAAGCGUACAACAGACAGGCAUACGACUUUGCAUUCCUUGGGUCCUCCAGUUUUAUUGGAACAGCCGGCUACUCAUCAGAAGCGAAGACUGUUUGCAUAUGGGACACUCUAAUGUCAAGCCGACGCUCCCUCGUGCAUUCUUUUAUCCUUCCAAACCAUACGUCCCAAUCUGUUUGCUACAUUCCUGGCCAGCAGUGUCUUCUCUCUGGCGGCAGAAGAGGCAAUAUCUGUAUAUUUGAUAUUCGACAAAGAAAGCUCUUACACACGUUUGCUGGACAUGAUUCCGCCAUCAAGUGCUUUGCAGUCGACCCAAGUGAAGAAUUCUUUGUCUCUGGGUCUGCUGAUGGAGAUAUCAAGGUCUGGGGCCUAACCGUUCACGAUCUGUACGAUGUUUACAGAAAAGAUCACCUUCGAGGGACGUACCUACGUCAUGGCAGCACAGGGGUACAACACUUACAGAUAUUACCCUCCAUGCAUUUGCUAUCAUGUGGUUCAGAUGGAACUCUUAAACUUCGCCAACUUGAGGCUAACGAUUCGAUUACUUGAUAAUUUGAUAGUAGCUGCAUUUAUUAGAUAGGUAGAAAUUUUGAAUUUAGAGCAUUUUUGUGGCAGAGUGACAAAAAUUGUGGCACAGAAAUUUUCUUAAACCCCUUGGGAAAAAUCAAGAUCCUGCAGGAGUCCAUUAACACAGAUUUGAAGAGAAUCUUUCAAUUGUUUUUUCCGUGAACGCGCUAUUAGUAUAAUCACGUGAUACAUGCUCAUGCAGUUUUUGUAACCAUUUUGAUAAGUUGAUUCCCAGUGGAGGUUGGUUUCUCCCACAGGGAUUACUAUUUUUGUCAACUCCCGAUACCGAUUUGGCGAAUUUUGAAUUCCGACCCUCUCGAGGAAUCCAAAUUUUGAAUAAACAGUUCAUUUCUUCUCCGCAUGCUAAAGUUAAUGAAUUCUCGCCAAUAAUAUUGUGUGGAAAACUUUUCAAAAAUCAACCACAUAAUUUCAAAUGACUGCUUACCAUUGCACAGUCAAAGAUGCAAUCAAGACUCAAUACCUCCGUGCCACUAUCUGCUACACAAAUUUAGUAGUUAUAAAAUUAUGGUGAACAUUUUCGGUCUAUUAAUAAAGUUGAUUUUUAAUCCCAAAUUUGUAAACCGAUAUUUUUUAUUUAGACCAACAAUGGUAAUUUUCUUUAGCCAUAAAUAUGCUUUUCUUACAUUUAUGUCUUAAGAUCGUUGUUGUUUUCGAAAUUUAAAUUUUGAGUUGAUCUUUUGAAAGAUAAACAAAA